CACGUGGUUUAAAACCCCGGAAGUAAACAGUGAGGACUUUAGAUCCUGGAGCUCCACAUGUCUCUGUCUUCACUACUUCAUUUUUAGGAUGAGGUCUGCUGUGCUUCACGUCGUAAUCCCUUUGGGGAUGAUCGCCGCCCUGUCGAGGACGAGUGUGUUCAGUGACGUCCACGUGGACCUGACUUAUGAGCACUACGCGGAGGAGAGGCUGGACUACCUGCCUGCUGUCGUAGCCAUGCCGUGUAACUGUCUGGUUAACGUGGGUUACUUCCUCGUGGGACUAUAUUGGCUGUUCUGGGGCGGAUACAUCCAGGAAAGAGAAGACAGUCGAUAUUUGAGGGAGGUGUUCGCCGUUAUGGCCAUCUGCUACGCGCCGGUGCAGUGGACGCGCCUCGCAACGCUGCAGCGCGCGCCCGCCGUGCUGGAUCAGUGGGUGACGCUGCCGAUCUUCGCGUGGGUUCCCGCGUGGAUUGACCACAUAGAAGACCUGCCGCGGAGGUGGCGCUCCCGGAGAGCGGCGGCGCUGGAACUGUGCUCCGUCCUCAGUUACGGACUCGCGCUUGCGCACGAACUCGGCUUCGAGACUGCUCUGGCCUGUCACGUGACUUUUGCUGUGUACAAGGGAGUCCGCGUGCAGGUGUCUCACGGGGACGAUCGCUCCAGGCGACACCUCCUGCAGGCGAUGGCCUCCUGCGCGGGCUUUGUGGGGCUGAAGCUGCUGGAUCACCGGCUCUCGGAGUUCUGGCUGUUCCAGAGGUUCACCGGACACUUCUGGUCCAAAGUGUGCGACGUGCUGCAGUUCCACUACAGCUUCUGCUUCCUGACCACGGUCACGCGCAGGGCGCAGACGGAUAAAACCAGCUAGUGAGACGUCUUGCAAAAAAUAGGGAAAUAAACUGAUGAUGGAAGAAAAAAGGGUUUUCUCAAUCUGCAAAUAGUUCUAGAAAGAAUAAACAUAUAAAGGAAUCAAAAGGGGGCCCAGAAUGGACCCCUGAGGGACUACAAACCAUUAAUUUAUUCUAAAAACAUGUUUACAUGCUUUGCUCCCUACGUUAUUUUACUGAAAUUUCUUUUAAUUUCACUACUAAUCUAUUCUUCUAAUAAAUUUCAAUUAAAUUAGCAUUUUUUUAUUCCAAACCCCGAUUUUAUCUGGUUAUGAUAAACUGCCCUUUUAUUAAAAACUGAAGCUUUUUUAAGUUAAAUGUCUUUCAAAAUACCUUUCAUUACCUUGUAAGGAAAAAAACAAUCUUUGUAAACAUUUCCUGCACUUUAAGUAAAAACUGAUUCAAUUUGA